AUGGUUGAGCUCUCGCAGUCAAUGGACAUGAGUUUGAAACACAACAUCACAAACGCGACCUUAAUCUUGAACGGCAACUCGGCGAUACGGUUACUCCCGAAGUCACGUUCCUAA